GGAGAAGAGCCCGCCCGCUUCAGGUUUCCUCGCAGAAACACCGAGCGCGCUCCCGCCGCGCCUGAGUAAACAUCUGGUGACUCACUGCACAGCUAUGGCACGGACAGAUCGCAUGCUCCCCCUGCCAGCAAGCGUCCAGCGGAGCUGCUUCCCAGCCACCCCACCUUCAUGCCCAGUCCAGAAACUCUUCGGAGGCGCAGCGAGGGAGCCCCGAGGGCGCCCCACGCCGACCAGCCAUGAGGGCAGGCGAGAAGAGUGGCAGAGGAAUGCCCGAGGGUCUGGGCCCAGCUCUGCACGUUCAAGUCGCGAUUUCUGAGCAAUUCUGUCCAGGAGACUGCGCCCAGGUUAUGACGGCGAAUCCCAAACCGAACAAAACAUUAAAGGUUAAGGAGGAGUCGGGAGAGAACGCCCCGGUGCUGACCGACGAUGAACUCGUGUCGAUGUCAGUGCGGGAGCUGAACCAGCACCUGCGGGGCCUCACGAAAGAGGAGGUGAUCCGCCUGAAGCAGCGGCGGCGCACACUCAAGAACCGGGGCUAUGCCGCCAGCUGCCGGAUCAAGCGGGUGACCCAGAAGGAGGAGCUGGAGCGGCAGCGCGUCGAGCUGCAGCAAGAGGUGGAGAAGCUCGCCCGGGAGAACAGCAGCAUGAAGGUCGAGCUGGAUUCCCUCCGCUCGAAGUACGAGGCGCUGCAGACCUUCGCUCGCACGGUGGCCCGGGGCCCGAUCACGCCGGCCAGAGUCGCCACCACUAGCGUCAUCACCAUUGUGAAGUCAGCGGAAAUUUCGUCCUGUUCGGUGCCGUUUUCGGCAGCGUCCUAGUGUUCGGCUUUUGGGGCUGGAGGUUCGGAUGCCAUCCGCCCCAGAAGAACCUGCUUCCUUCAAGGAUCACUGUCCUGGAAUCCUGCUUUUCCAAAACCAAGAGUGGAAUGCUUGUAAUGGAGGAAAACUGUGGAUGUAGAAUUUUGUGAACCCUUUUUGGCCAAGAUUGGAGUCCCCAGUUCGUUGUUGUCGAGAAGUCUCGCUCAACUCUUCCAUGCAAGUUCUUCGAAGGAGACAACGCCGGAGUAUCCUCUGGAGCAUUUUUUAAUAAAACUAAGCCACCAAACAAACGCAUUGGCGGACCCAGUGGGCAACAUAAAUGAACAAAGAUGGCAUCUUUCUCCUUUGGGAAAAUAUAACAAUAAGCGUGUCCCUUUGCUUCCAUCUGUGGGUGGGUAUGGUCGGCUCUGGAGCAGUUUGCUCUCCGAAUGUUGGUAGGGCCGGCCUGCCUUUGUCUGUCAAAUUCCAGAAACCCUUCAUGGGUUAAUGCCCACCUUGUUUACCGAGCGCUGUGUGUUUUGUUAUGUGGUCCAGCAAAAAAUGGAAGGGCCUCUCUGGUGCAAAACCUGCUGUCUGCUGCUUCCCCAUUACACACCUGUGAAGUGGGUAUCUUUUGUGUAGUCUUAACUGCUUCCAAAACGACACCAGCUUUUGAAAUCCCAAGCUCCACAGUGCUGCAGAGGAGAUUAAACGGGAGGCUCUCAAGAAAGGUGGGAAGUGGGUGGCAGUGGGUGGGUGAAGUACUGAAAUUCAGGAAUGGGGGACGGUUAAGUGGGCUUUAGUGUGGUAGGUCGUGCUCAGACAUGGUGUGUUUUAAGGGCUUCAAAAAUGUAAAUACGAAUGAAAUUGGGAAGCUGUAAGAAUGCGGUAGGAAGGACAUGCGGUUUGGUGUCAUAUUUGGAUUUGUGAACUGUGGUUUCCAUUUUGCUAGCAAGCCGUAGUUUGUGCCUCGUUUGGACUUUACAAGAUCACCUUACGGUGUUCUUUAACUGUAGGAGCAGCAGUGGCGUAGGAGGUU